UUUUGAUUUUUUUAUUUCAUUCUAUAUAUAUUUUACAUCAUUCUUCCUUUUUUGUACAAAGGUGUAGUUCUUUACACCGGUACCAAGGUGACUUCUUUAAGUUUUCAAUGUUGGGAUCAUUCACAGCGUUGCUUCAAGUUUUUAGUAGUGAUUUCAUUGUUUUUGAUAUUCUUGGAAGUGGGAUUGUUUCUUUUUCAGGUCAUUUGUAGUUAGUGUGGAUUUUCCUAAUGCACAGCUGAUCAGAGCUGGUCUGUAAUCUUGCUAACUCUUCUGGUUGGAAAAUUGCUCCUAGAACUCUUGUACUUCUGCUAAAAAACCUUAAGUGGUUCCCCUUGCCCUACCCAGAAGCAGAUCCAGGACUUGUGGGACCUAAUGCAUUUCUCGAAGACCUCUUUCCAAAGAGGGUGUGGGACAGGGCCAGUGCAAAUGAGAAACAAUGCUAGUCCCAGCUCACUGCUUUCACUUCAAUCCCUGCCUGGUGGCUUUUGAACCGCUAGAAGAAGUUUGUUUAAAAUGCAGAUUCUUAUACAAGAACCUAAGGUAAAGGCUUAGCGUCAGUUUUUAACAAGCACUCCAGGGAUUCUGCUCUGACAGAGGUGGCCAUGAGCCUCGUGCUAUCUAGUCGAUAACAUUUAAUCAAGCUGGAGCCCUGAUGUCUCUACUUUGGCCCCAGCAUGCCUCUCCUACCUUCAUUCCACCACCUUGUACUGGUGACUUUGCAUCUGGGCAGUGGUUCUGUAACUUUGGGGAGCACUAUUCCUACAGCACAUCACCCACUCUGGCUCCUGGGUCUCUCUGGUGCUAUCAAGGCCUCAGCUGACUCAGCACCCACCUGCUUGCAAGCCACUAGGUUGAGCUCCAUUGUUCCCCGUCUUUCCCUGGUGAGGCCACACUCUUGUUCCUGUCUGCUGUUCUGCACCUCCAAUGCGUUCUCACACCCAUUCUUACAAGGGGGGCUUAUCAUUCUCUUCAAUCUUAUCUCUCAUCUGGCCCUCAGCAUACAUCCCAGCUUGCACAGGGAAGAAUUUGCCCUGGGCUAUUCUGUUUCCUGGCUUCCUUUUUGUGGAUUGAGUUGGGUGGUUCUCAACUGGCAUCUGGUGGGUCUCUUCCUUCCUGAGCAGAGUGGCUGGGGAUGAUGAGGGCAGAGGACGCUUAUGAGUACCGAGGACUGGCUUUGACCAGCUUUCCCUCAACCACAGGAGAAGAGACUGCUGGGGGCGACAAGUUCAUCCACGAGAGGGACCUGGCCUGGCUUCAGCAGGCAGAUGUGGUGGUGGCAGAAGUGACCCAGCCCUCCCUGGGUGUAGGCUACGAGCUGGGACGGGCUGUGGCCCUCAACAAGCAAAUCUUGUGCCUGUUCCGCCCCCAGUCCGGUCGAGUGCUUUCAGCCAUGAUCCGAGGAGCGGCACAUGGCACACGGAUCCAGGUGUGGGACUAUGAAGAGAGCGAGGUGGAGGCCACGCUGGAUCGGUACUUUCAGGCUAAUCUUCCCCAGCAGGUGGCUGCCUCCUCUGACCCAACCACUUGACUUAACCACACUCUGAAAUUCCUCUGAUACAGAUUCUGCUCUGUACCAUUCCUACCUCUCAGCCCCAUACAAAUGAAAAGGUGGGGCUCCCUGGUGGCACAGGGGUUAAGUCUCAGAGCAUCACCAUGAUGGCCUGAAUUCAAUCCCCAGCCA